ACAGAUUUUCAUUAUAAAUAUUAGGUUCAAAUAAGUCUGGUUUUUGUUAGAUCAAUAAAUAUAGAAUUGCAAGGACCCUCCACCGUGGUGGAUUUCAGUGGGUAUGUUGUUGUUAAUAAAUAUAGAAUUCCAUGUAGGAAAACAAUGCUCAUCCGGGUGUGAAGCUUUUUUGGGUCUUGUGUUAUUUUGUUUCUUUGGUCGUUGUCUACUUUCUGGCUAGUAUCUUUCUCAUCUUUUCCCAUUUUUGAGAAAGCUACAACUUUCUAGUCUUUCUGUGGUGGUCGUUUCCGCGCCUUGAUUGCUUGGCGUCUAGCUAAUGGCUGCGUAUGUUUUUUUCAUAAUUGCAGUAAUUUUUUGCACACAACUGUGAGAAAUUCUUGGUUGAUUGAAAGUGAUGAAGGUUUGAAUAUGCAGAGACUUUAGUGCACUCCAGAUUAUUUCAUUGGCAUACAGAGGACCACUAUUUACAGCUAACCCCUACAGUGGACCUGUAUUGUGGUGAAAGUAGUUAAAGAAAAUGAGUUCCGAUGCACUAGUUUGGUAUUGCAAGCCGGUGGCAAAUGGGAUAUGGGCCAAAGAAACUGACACUGCUUUUGGUGCUUAUACACCUUGUGCUAUUGAAACAGCUGAUUGCAUAUGUUAUGUGGUUCUUUUUGUGUUGUGUGCGUAUCGCUUAUGGCUGGUCAGGAUGGACCACAAAGUUCGGAGAUUCCAGUUGAGGUCGAAAUACUACAAUUACAUAUUGAUCCUCUUGGGAAGUUGUUGUGCUGCUGAACCCUUGCUCAGAUUGUUUAUGGGCAUUUCAAUCUUCAACCUGGAUGCAGAAAAUGGCCUUGCUCCUUUUGAGAGGGUUUCUUUGAGCAUUCAGUCACUUGCUUGGAUUUCCAUUGUUCUUAUGAAUCUAGUGGAAACUAAAGUCUAUAUCAAAGAGUUCCGAUGGUAUGUCAGAUUCGGAGUAAUCUAUGUUUUGGUAGGUGAACUUGUGGUGCUCAACUUCAUUCUUUCAAUGCAGAGUUUCUACUCAAGGUUUACACUGUACAUCUAUUACAGUUCAGUCAUCUGUCAGGUUUUAUUUGGGGCCCUGCUUCUUAUUCAUCUUCCUCAUUUGGAUCCUUUCCCUGGCUAUGUUCCAUUAAGGAGUGAGUCCAUUGAUGACAAUAACGAUGAAACUAUCCUUGGAGCACACCAUAUUUGCCCUGAGAGACAUGCAAGCAUUUUAUCAAGGAUCUCUUUUGGAUGGAUAACUCCCCUCUUGCGACGAGGCUAUAACAGACCAAUCACUGAAAAGGAUGUUUGGAAGUUAGACUCAUGGGAUCAGACUGAGAUAUUGAGUGCAAGAUUCCAAAAAUGUUGGGCUGAAGAAUCUCAGAGGAAAAAACCAUGGCUUCUACGCGCUUUGAAUUGCAGUCUUGGAGGCAGGUUCUGGUAUGGAGGUCUCUUCAAAGUUGGUAGUGAUCUUUGCCAGUUUGUGGGACCACUAGUACUUAAUCGUCUCUUAAAGUCUCUGGAACGAGGUGAUCCAGCUUGGGUUGGCCACUUAUAUGCUUUUCUGAUUUUUGUUGGGGUGUCAUUUGGAGUACUAUGUGAAGCUCAGUACUUUCAGAAUGUCAUGCGUGUUGGUUUCAGGAUGAGAUCAACUCUGGUCGCUUCCAUAUUUCGCAAAUCUGUAAGACUAACACUUGAGGGUCGUAAGCAGUUUCCAUCUGGAAAAAUUACAAAUAUGAUCACAACUGAUGCUAAUGCACUUCAGCAAGUAUGUCAACAGCUUCAUGUUUUAUGGUCAGCUCCAUUACGUAUUGUCAUUGCCAUGGUUCUACUUUACCAGCAACUAGGUCUGGCUUCACUUCUUGGUGCUCUUAUGCUAGUAUUGAUGAUCCCAAUGCAGACAAUUAUUGUUGGCUAUAUGCGAAAACUAUCCAAAGAAGGAUUGCAACACACUGACAAAAGGGUUGGUCUAACUAAUGAAAUACUUGCUGCAAUGGAUGUAGUAAAAUGUUAUGCAUGGGAGAAGAGCUUCCAAUCUAAAAUCCAACAAAUGAGGAAUGAUGAACUUUCUUGGUUCAGGAAAGCACAGCUAUUGGCGGCGUUCAACAAUUUCAUGCUGAACAGCAUCCCAGUUUUCGUGACAGUGAUUUCAUUUGGAACUUUCACUUUGCUUGGUGGAAAUUUGACAGCUGCCAGAGCUUUUACAUCACUUUCCCUCUUUGCAAUUCUGAGGUUCCCUUUGAACAUGCUUCCAAACAUUAUAACUCAGGUUGUAAAUUCAAACGUAUCGUUGCAACGAAUGGAGGAGUUGUUCUUAGCUGAAGAGAGAGUCCUCUUACCUAAUCCACCACUUGAACCUGGGCUUCCUUCCAUUUCAAUCAGGGACGGAUUCUUUUCAUGGGAUUCUAAGCCUGAGCAUCCCACUUUGUCAAAUAUUAAUCUGGAUAUACCAGUUGGUGAGCUAGUUGCAAUUGUGGGUGGGACUGGAGAAGGAAAGACAUCUCUGAUUUCAGCAAUUCUUGGGGAGCUUCCUCCCUUAGGCAAUACAAGUGUCUCUAUCAGAGGAACUAUUGCAUAUGUUCCUCAAGUUUCUUGGAUCUUCAAUGCCACUGUGCGUGAAAAUAUAUUAUUUGGUUCCAACUUUGAACCAACAAGAUAUUGGAAGGCAAUAGAUGUCACUGCAUUGGAGCAUGAUCUUGAGUUACUUCCAGGUCGAGACCUUACAGAAAUUGGUGAAAGAGGUGUGAAUAUUAGCGGAGGACAAAAGCAAAGAGUGUCAAUGGCUAGGGCUGUCUACAAAAAUUCUGAUGUCUAUAUUUUUGAUGAUCCCUUAAGUGCACUUGAUGCACAUGUGAGCCAGCAGGUUUUUAAGAACUGUAUAAAGGAGCAAUUGCAAGGAAAGACUAGGGUGCUUGUGACAAAUCAGCUGCAUUUUCUGCCUCAUGUGGAUCGGAUCAUUUUGGUCUCUGAAGGAAUGGUGAUAGAGAAUGGGACCUUUGAGGAGCUUCUGGAAAACGGCACACUUUUUCGGAAGCUAAUGGAAAAUGGUGGGAAAAUGGAAAGCUAUGGUGUUGAAACUGAAUACGACCCAAACAUUGACAAUGAGAGUUCACAGUCUUCGACCACAAGGCAUGAGCUCCAAAAAGAUGUGACCUCUGUAACCAAAAGGAGAGCUGGUAAAUCUGUUCUUAUCAGGCAGGAAGAGCGGGAAACUGGUAUUGUCAACUGGAAUGUUUUGAUGAGAAAUACAAGAAGCCCUUUCUUCUUGCUAAAAAUCUUCAGAAGAAGAUUGUUGUCUGCUCCUCCGUUGCUACCUGGAACAAUGGCUUUUCUACCAGAGGUGAUACUGGAGGAGGAGAAGUACAAAGAUGCUUUGGGAGGCUUGUGGGUUGUCCUGAUACUGCUUGUCUGCUACACAUUGACUGAAAUCCUUCGAGUUCUGAGCAGCACCUGGCUAAGUGUCUGGACAAAAGCAAGUUCCUCAAAGAGCAAUGGAGCUGGAUUCUAUAUUUUGGUGUAUGCUAUUUUGUCGUUCAGUCAGGUAAUUGUAACACUGGCAAAUUCCUUCUGGUUGAUUAUCUCAAGCCUAAAUGCAGCUAAAAGGCUUCAUGAUUCCAUGCUGCAUUCUAUACUUCGAGCACCAAUGGUAUUCUUCCACACUAAUCCAUCUGGACGCGUAAUCAACCGAUUUGCAAAGGAUCUUGGUGAUAUUGAUCGCAAUGUUGCAAAUAUUGGUAAUACGUGUCUCAGCCAAGUUUGGCAGCUGUUCUCGACUUUUGUUCUCAUUGGAGUCAUCAGCACUAUAUCUAUGUGGGCUAUAAUGCCACUUCUGAUCCUAUUUUAUACCGCCUAUAUAUAUUAUCAGAAUACAUCCCGCGAAGUGAAACGUCUAGAUUCCAUUACCAGGUCCCCUGUGUAUGCACAGUUUGGAGAAGCUAUAAAUGGUUUAUCAACCAUCCGUGCAUAUAAAGCACAUGACCAGUUAGCUUCCAUUAAUGGGAAAUCUAUGGACAACAAUAUCAGAUUCACUCUUGCCAACACAAGUACAAACCGCUGGCUGACCAUAAGGCUUGAGACACUAGGAGGCAUAAUGAUCUGGUUGACUGCAACAUUUGCUGUUAUACAGAACGGGAGAGCAGACGACAAGGUUGCGGUUGCUGCUACUAUGGGUCUGCUCCUAAGCUAUUCUUUGAAUAUUACUACCUUACUCAGUAACACUCUGAGACAAGCAAGCAGAGCCGAAAAUAGUUUAAAUGCUGUUGAGCGUGUUGGUACAUACAUAGAUUUGCCAUCAGAGGCUCAAAAUGUUAUUAGCGUUCGGCCUCCUCCAGGCUGGCCGUCAUCAGGGUUCAUCAAGUUUGAGGAUGUUGUCCUACGUUACAGACCUGGACUUCCUCCUGUCUUGCAUGGUUUGUCAUUCACAAUUUCUUCAGGUCAGAAAGUUGGCAUUGUUGGAAGAACUGGUGCUGGAAAAUCGAGCAUGCUUAACGCUUUAUUUCGAAUUGUGGAACUUGAAAGAGGGAGAAUAUUGAUUGAUGGUUGUGAUGUUGCUAGUAUUGGACUGACAGAUCUUCGAAGUGCUCUUAGUAUCAUACCACAAUCACCAGUUCUUUUCUCUGGUACUGUACGAUUUAAUCUUGAUCCUUUUAGCGAACACAAUGAUGCUGACUUGUGGGAGGCAUUAGAGCGGGCACACUUGAAGGAUGUCAUAAGGAGGAAUGCCUUUGGUCUAGAUGCUGAGGUUUCAGAAGGUGGUGAGAACUUCAGUGUUGGACAGAGACAACUAUUAAGCCUAGCUCGAGCAAUACUACGAAGGUCAAAGAUCCUUGUUCUUGAUGAAGCCACAGCAUCUGUUGAUGUUAGAACUGACUCACUUAUUCAGAGAACCAUACGAGAAGAAUUCAAAGCAUGUACAAUGCUCAUUAUUGCUCAUCGUCUAAAUACAAUAAUUGACACUAAUCGUAUCCUAGUGCUUGAUGCUGGGAAGGUUGUUGAGUAUGAUACUCCACAGAGCCUCCUGCUUAGGGAAAGAAGUGUUUUCUCUGGGAUCGUUCGGCGCACAGGGGCCGCAAAUGCCCAGUAUUUACGUAACUUAGUGCUUAAUGGAGAGAGAGAUCAAACAUUCAUGGAAGAAGAACUCAUGCAUAUAAAUAGGAAGAGGAGAUGGGAGGUAUCUUCCCAGUGGAAUGUUGCUGCGCAGCAUGCUCUUGCUACAAAUAUUUCAGCUUCACUGGAUGAUUUUCAGGUGAUGGAAUGUCAAGAUAGAAACAACAUUUUGCAUGCAACAAAGCAGGCAGUUGUAACACUGAAGGAUGUUUUGGAGGGAAAACAUGAUAAAGCUAUUGAAGAGAAACUAAGUUGCUCUAAGGUGCCUAGAGAAAGAUGGUGGUCAUCUUUAGUUCGUGUUAUUGAAGGUCUUGCUGUGAUGAGCAGGUUGACGCCAGAAAAAGUUCCUCUCCUUGGAGAUGCUUUGGAAGAGAGAUCAGAACAUCAGAAUCCUGAUGAAAUGUAGCGAGAUCUUUUUCAGUUCUUUUUUUCCACUAUUUCCAUAUUGUAUUUUAAUGUACUGGAAUACAGCCUUUUAUUUCCAGAUCAAACUGGGAUUUAGAAGUUCGGCUCAGGGAAAGGAAAGGAAAGGAUUUUGAUGAAGAUAAUUUAUGUACGCUACCAUUCUCUGAGAAAGAGAGGUUAAGAGAUACUAAUAACCAUCAUUAUCAUAUAAAUUUUCUCAUAUUCUUUUUGACC